AUUGCAAUACAUAUAUGAAACCGCAUUUGCUUGUGACGUACACUCCACUACCAUACCGGUUGACCAUAAAUAGGGUUCCUCUGUCAACGGAACCAUCUCUCCGAUUCUGAUCUCAAACUAAGAUGGCCGUGAUUGUUUAUAUAGACAGCAUAUUGGUCCCUAUUAGUCUCUUCCUUACGGUGGGUUACCAUGCUUAUCUCUGGCAUAGCCUCAAGAACAAACCCUCUCAUACUACCAUUGGAAUCAACAUAUUGAAGAGGAGAGCAUGGUUUCUAGAUAUCAAAGGGGGUGAUGAAGAUAAGAUGGGUAUGUUGGCUGUCCAAAGCUUGAGAAACACUCUAAUGGGAGCCACACUCACAGCUGUUAUAACAAUUCUUGUUGUAGUUUCAUUAGCUGCUCUAAUCAACAACGCCUAUAGUGCAACACACAUCUUCAGCAGUGUGAUAUUCGGGUCACAAUCCCCUAGGAUAUUUGCUCUGAAGUAUGGCUCAGCAGCACUGGCAUUGUCAAUUAGCUUCCUCUGCAGUUCCAUGGCAAUCGCAUUCUUGAUUGAUGCGAAUUUCCUGAUUAAUGCCUCCGGUGAUCAUGAGUUCUCGUCCUCGUCUGCAGAACACACACAAAGCAUAUUUGAGAAAGGGUUUGUUUUGGCUCUUAUUAGCAACAGAAUGUUGUGCAUCACUUUUCCGGUGCUGUUAUGGAUGCUUGGGCCGAUACCGGCUUGUUUGUCGUCGAUGGCAUUGGUUUGGGGGCUUUAUGGGCUUGAUUUUGUUGGAAAGUUAGCAAAAAGCAAUAAGCAAAGUAUCAGUUGAGGACAAUAAGGCCAGCAAGUCGUUUGUCAAUCGCAAAUAAUGAAAUAAUUGAGCAACAACUAGCUAGACAAUAAGUUAGGUGUGUUCAGUUGCAUCCGUUUUGUGAGCUAUUUGUUCAAAGAAUUGGGCUACCCUGCCCUCCUUAGUUUUUCUAGCCUGGCCGUGCAGGGAGUUGCUCUGCUUUGUAGUUUUUCUUUUCCUCUGUUGUUCCAUUUCGUUUAAUAUAUUCCUUUCGCCAAAUAAAAAAAAAAAAAAAUCUCAAUUAGAACACCAUCCCCCUCCUCUCCCCAACAAACACUUUCUUUUCCUUUUUUUUUUUUGGUAAUACGUGAAUUAGAAGGAUUUUGUGAGAAAAAUAAGAAAAUCAAUAUUACAUAAUGAUCGGUGAUCAAUAGUUGAUAUGUAUAUCCGAGUCUACGAAAUCAAUUGAUAUCCAUGUGAAGAAAAUUCUUGCGAGCUAGGUCUAAUUAAGCACAGCCACGCGUAGUUGAGGUUAAUUGGCAUCCUCCCCCAUAUGGUUGUAUAAAGCUUAAUACUGAUGGGGCAUGGAAGAGUAGCUCUGUUAAGGCUGGUUAUGGUGGAGUGUUUCGUGAUUAUAAAGGUCAGGUGGUUGGUGCUUUCUGUUCAAAUUUAGAGAUGCCGAGUUCGGUUGCCGCUGAAGUGAUGGCUGUUAUUCAAGCUAUUGAAUUGGCUUGGGUGAGGGAGUGGAAACAUAUUUGGUUGGAAGUGGAUUCUGAGAUUGUGCUUAACUUCAUGCGCUCUCCAUCUUUAGUACCUUGGCGGCUUAGCAUAGAGUGGAGAAAUUGCAUACACCGUAUCUCUCAAAUGGAGUUUCACUCAUCGCAUAUCUUUCGUGAAGGUAACCAAGUUGCGGAUGUUUUGGCAAAUCAUGGUGUCGACCGCACAGGUUUGGUUUGGUGGGAUCUACCGCCCCCAUUUAUUACUUAUUUUUGUAGUCAUGAUUGGUUGGGUCUUCCUAAUUUUCGUUUCUGUUAGUUGUUUGUCUGAUUGGUUUGUAGAGACGAUGUUGUUUCUCUUGUACUUCGUUUUUCGUAUUCUGCUG